UCACAGUUCUCGCAGCGCUCACGAAAAACCGACGGGACGACACCGACCAACCCUCGAUCACUUCUCGACGACACUGCAAGUCAACCCUCCACGAGGACAAAAGUAUCAUGUCGACGCUCCGAGUAGCUGUAUUCUUAGCCAUGGCGCUGAUGAUCCUGAUCGACUGGUCCGUAGCUCUUCCGACCGCCGACAAGGAAAGACUUUUGAAUGAGGUAGACUUGGUGGAUGACGAUGGAAGCAUCGAGACAGCCCUAAUCAAUUACCUAUUCACGAAGCAGAUCGUGAAACGGCUCCGAAGUCAGUUGGACAUCGGCGACCUUCAGCGUAAGCGCAGCUACUGGAAGCAGUGCGCCUUCAAUGCAGUUUCCUGCUUCGGCAAAUAGACGCCCAUUAGCCAGCGCCCCCAAACAAACCGCGAGCAAGCUUUCUUCUACGUCUGUCUGUUUCUCUUCCUUAUCCGUCGCUAGCUUCCAAAGUCGAGUGUAGCUCGAAACACUGACAUCAGGCUCCCGACGUCGCGUACGCGAUUUCCUAACCUAACCCAAACAUUUGGCAGCUGCUAUUGCUUUUCGUUGCACCGAACUAGUACAUACUAGAAUCGAAAGAUUACUCGGCUUAGAGGCCCUGGGCACUUUUGCGAAAAUGUUGUUCGUAACAGUACUUCAAGUCAUUGCUUCAGAGCUGGUAUUAAAUUCUUUUUAACUAUACGUUGUUUCAUUUCGUGAAACAACUUUGAAAAUAAUCGUCCUGUAUUUGAAAUAACGAAAUAACGAAACACUCUUGGAAAUAACCGAACGUGUUUCGAUCAUCUUUUUAGACAUUUUGUUAAUAGAUGAAGAUACGUAUCUCUACGCUAGCUUUACGGAAAAUAUUAUUUAUUAAAAUAAAUAAAUAUGGGAAAGUUCAAGAAAUGAUUACAAAAUACGUGGACACUAUAAAUUUUACUGUGUUCAUCGACGGAAAUUUUUCGAACGCGAAUAACUUCUCUUUGAGGUUCGGCAAUUCCUGGAACGCAAUCCGGACCACUUUGUUGUUCGACAAUUCUUUUGAACGUAACUAACUUCUCUUUGUGGAAUUUAUUGUACAACCUUUAGAAAAAAUACCAGACAUAUGGAAAUGCACAAAACGUAUUUUUAACCAUCAAUUUAAAAAAAAGAAAAAAGUAAACGUUAAGCGGUUAAAUAUUUCAACCGUGUAAUGCUCUGUUGCAAAAACUCCUUUUGUGAAACAGAUUCGAUAAGCAGAAAUUCGUUUGAAAACCGCAGUGCUGUACUAGUUUAUAACUUCAGAAUUAUUUGGUACAACGGAAACAAAAUGUUUCCAUUAAAGAACGUCGUUUAGAUCCUAAAUGAUAAUUUUGAGAAAAGACUGAUACGUUAUUUCAAAUACAGCAAUUAAUUGAAGCUAAACGAAUCCCUGUGUGCUUUUUCAUAAAAAGUAAACAUUCUUUAAUCCAUUUAUGCCUAAAGUAAAGAGUUUGAAAACUUGUAAAAGAAAUUACCGCUUCCAGAACAGACAGAAUAUCGAUUAUUUUAACUGUAAAGACUCCCUGUAUGUACAAAAUGCAGCAGUGAGUAAGUUUUCUAUAAAAAAGAGUUUAUAAAUAUUUUUUGAAGAUACUUUAUACAUAGAUCAUAAGGCAUAAAUGGAUUAAUAUUUGAAUACACAAAUACAUACUCACUAGAGGGAUAUUUGAGUUAAAGAAAAAUGGACAGUGAUGGUAUAACUCUGUUGCAAGUAAGUACCCCUAACGUAGAUCGAUCCAGGAAGCUCUGCUCUGCUCUAUAUUUAUUUUCGGUUGGAAUAAAGCGUGCUCAGGUCUGCUUCGAAUUUACAAAGCUCAAUGAUCCGUUCAGUAGCAAAAAUAAUAACGUCAAAGGAUAUCGUGGACGUGAAUCGUCGCCGGAGCUAAUUUCCAUUCGAUAUUAAGAGGAAAAGAAAUCGUAGUUUAGCGACACGAAUACUGAAAAGUGCCCGGAAGCUUUUCAGUCGGUCGAACGACAUAUUUUCGCAACACGGUUAACAAGCACGUGACCAACCCUCACCUCGCGUUUCCGUUCUCCUUUCUUGUAUAGAGUUUAUGGUGGUUCGUUACGGGGCAACGGAGCGGAGAGUUACACCGUUGUAAAUCAGCGUUUAAACGCGACUGCUGUAAUGGAGAGUUCAAUAAAGAGUUUAUUUCCGUUGUAAUCGCUUAAGGGAACGAAGUAAUAAAACGCUCGACCCCUCCAUUUUAAUUGCCCCCUUUAUUGCGAAAA